AUGGGAUUGAGUAGUUGUGUCUCGGCCAAUUGCACCAUCAAGGAGGGCCUCACCACGCUUAAUGUCACCAAUACUGAAUGUGGAGCUCCGAUCAGAGAUCGUACUUCUCUAAGUAUUGUGAUCCCGGCAGUUGGCCUGUGCGUUUUGGUGUUCGUCGCAUUGCGAAUAUACACGCGCCUUGUUAUCAAGAAACUAGAAAUUGGCUUAGAUGACUGGGCAACUAUUCUUCUCGGGUGCAUUAUGGUACCAGUUAAUGUCGGCUCGAUACUGCUUGGAAAAGCUGGCCUCGGGAAGGAUAUGUGGACUCUCGAAUUCACUAGCAUUACUCGAAUUCUCUAUCUUUUCUACAUUCAAGAGCUCCUCUACAUCACUUGCAUCUCGCUCACAAAGAUCUGCUUCCUCCUCUUCUACCUCCGAAUCUUCCCCUCCGAUCGAAUGCGUCAUGUCAUAAAGGCCUCCUGCAUAGUGACAGUUUGCUACGGCCUCACUUUCUUGUUCGCCUUCGCAUUCCAAUGCUCACCAGUUAGUUUCAACUGGAACGGCUGGGCCGGAGAACAUGUAGGAAAGUGCGUGCAUACAAACCCUCUGGUGGUAUCUGCCGCGGCGAUCAACAUUGUAUUGGACGUCUACGUUAUCUCCCUGCCUAUUCCCAAGGUACUUAAGCUCCAGGCUUCGAUCUCGACAAAGAUUCAAGUCAUAUUCAUGUUCGGAGUGGGCUUCUUGAUCACUGGCGUCAGCAUCUAUAGAACCAUCAUGCUCAAACUCUUCGCCACCAGUACGAAUCCAACAUGGGACAAUGCCGCCGGCGGCUAUUGGUCUGUAAUCGAAAUCGACGUUGGAGUUUUCUGUCUAUGCAUGCCAGCCAUGCGCUCCUUGCUCGGUCGCCUAUUCCCGAAAGUAUUUAGGUCCACGAAAGGGACACGGACGAGCAGUUCAGGACAGCCGCUCAGCCACAAGAAAAUUCGAAUGGCUGACAGUAGCGGCCCGAACACGAGUUUUGUUCAGUUGAUUGAGAUGGAUCAUACGGGGAAUUUGAAAAGUCAUGGGGAUGCUUAA